ACCAUGGACGUGGCCACGGUCAACGAGGUCGUCGACUGCGUCGGCCGCCUGUUCGACCACAUUCCCUACGCCGUCUGCGGAACCGCCGCCCUCAUCUACUACGGCUACCGCGCCUACUCGCCCGACCACGUCAGCAUCACCUGUCCCGAAGAGUCCAAGGAGGCCAUCCGCUGCUGGGCGCUGGCCAAGGGCAUGACGCCGUUGCCCGACAACCCCGACGGCUUCAGCGUGCGCGUCGCCAACGGCCGCUCGUGCCCCGUGUGCAUCAAGUUCAUGAAGAACGGCUUCGAGGCCCUCGAGGUCGUGCGCGUCGGCCCCGGCCAGGCCAGCAUGGUGACGCUGCCCAGCAUCGCAAACACAAUCGCCCGCAGCUACGUCUUCCGCCUGCAUUCCUCGUCCACCGACCGCCAGGCCCUCUAUGCGCGGUACCUGGCCUGGACCCUCAAGCGCAUGGCCGAGAUCCCGCCCUCGGAUCCGAUCCAGCGCCUGACGCCCGAGCGCGCGCGCGACAUCAUCAGCCGCUCCUUCUGGAUUCCCUUCACUCUCUCGUACCCCGAGACGGUGCCGCUCUUUGCUGCCGCCGGCCUCGAGGUCCAGAGCGAC